AUGGCGUCCGGGCCGGUCGUCAUCGCCGAAGAGCAAGCUCGUCAGAGAGCGCUCGCCGAGCAAAGAUCCACUGCUAGGUCCCCUUCCGCGUCCGGUCAACGCCAGCGCUCGGUCUCGAGAACAAAUCGCACCAACUCUUCAGCUAGAAGGAAGAUAAGAAGGGCGAGCCAGAAUAUUUCGAAUGGAGACGGCCCUGUGAAUCCCGAUCCCGCUGUCUUUGAGGCCGCUUUCGUACUUGACGAUGACGACGCCGAGUUUACCUCAGCCCAACCGGCGGAGUCAGAGAAGGUGGUAGGGGGGACUUCGUCGGGAAACGAAAAAGAGGAUAGCACUGUUGCAAAAAAUGAAGAGAAGAAAGACCAGGCUGGCGGGGGAGAAGAUGUUAGUCCCAAAGCAGGUGCCUCCCCAGCGCCGGCAGAACUCCCUCUUCACGUAAAGAGCAAGCUCAGGAAACUGGAAAAGCUCGAAGCUACAUACCCAGAGCUGCUACGCUCAUAUAGGAUCGCGCAUGGACGCGCCACGUCUAUUGAACCAUUCGAACGGGCCUUGCGCGAGAAUACACCCUUAACUACGAUUAAAGACCCGACAGCCCUCGUUGAGUACCUCAACCAGCUAAAUUUGAAGGGUGAUAUGGUUAUGGAAGAGUUCAAGCGCGUUUCGACCGAGAAAGAUAAUUACAAAAAGAAGUUUGAAGAGGCCGAAAAGGAAUUGGCUACCCUCAGGGACGAGGUUGCUACUCUUAAAGCUGCCAGGGUUGAGGUGCCCAUACGGACAGACACUACUACCCAGGUGGAGAGUGCAUCAGAAGAGAAGAAUGGCGAUGUCGACAUACAACAGGCUACGUCGCCUUCUGCAAGCAAAUCACCUGUUUCAUCCAUUUUGGGCGUCUUUUCUCCGAAGCAGAAUCCUGCGGCCAAUGACGAAUCCAAAGAAUUAAGCGAGGACAUGUUUUCUUAUGAUGAGGAAAUUCCGCAACUUCAAGCCGAAGUUGCCUCGAAGUCCGAGGAGAUCGCCAAGCUUACAUCCGAGAUUAAUAUCUUGAAGGAGGAGUUGGUAGUAGCCAAAGAAAACAGUGCUGGGUUGGUAGAAAGUCUCGAAAAGGCCACACGAGAAUUGAAUGACAGUCGGGAUGAGGCCGCGACUCGGGAAGCUGUGCAGGCACAACUUGACGCCAGGAAUGCGGAGGUUAGCUCGCUAACCGAAAAGCUUGAGCAGACUGAACUGACGCUACGAACCUUGGAAACCAACCUCGAAGAUGAAAAGUCCAGAGCAGCAUCUGCGAUGAAGGAGCACGAAGCUAAACUUCAAGCGUCGCUUUCUGCAAAGGCAGAGUCCGAUGAGUUCGAAAAGCUGAAGGAAGUAAAAUCUGAGCUAGAGGUUAAAAUCCGAGAUCUAACCAGCGAAAUUGACUCGUUGAAGAAAGCCAAGUCUGAGAGCGACGAGAAGAUCAAGGAGCUAAAUAAGCAAAUUCAAUCUACCUCUAACCAAGUGCUUUCGUCAGCAUCAGAUUUACCAAAUACUUCUACGCCUACAGCUAGCGGUGCUGCUACCGCUGAGACCGUGGAGAUUGGAACGUCAGACCGCGCACAGCCAUCUCCCCUCGAAAGUCCUGAAGUAGAGGCUCUCAAGGUAGAAGAUACUCAGAUUGAGCACCUGAGAGAGGAGAUUGAAAACAUGCAGGAAAGCCUGCUUGACAUAGGACACGACCACGUUGAAGCUAAGGAGAGAAUUAAGAGCCUCGAAUCCGAAAAGGCAGAAUUAAAAUCUCGAAUCUCCGAAUUGGAGAAGGAAAUUGCUGCUUCUACGUCUAGCUCUGAAGCUAGUUCCAAAUUACAGGCAGACUACAAUUCCAUGAAAGCCGAGUUUGACGAGCUAAGGGUCAAAUCUCAAGCGCUGCAUCGUUACAAAGACCUCACGGACUUGCGGGAGGUCCUUUCCAAGGUUCAGCCUGAGCUUCGAAGCCUGCGCCAAGAAUCGGCGACCCUAAAAUCAACAAAGGAAGAACUGACUUCCAAGCAGGCUGAACUCCGAUCUCUCGAAAGACGCGAGAAGGACCUUAAAAAUGAGGUUGCAAGAGCUCAGCGCCUGGCAUCCGACCGGGAAGCUGAAAUCAAGCUUCUCAACGAAAAGCUUGCCGCUGAAAAGUCGUCCCGGGCUAAGCUUGAAGAUGAGAAGCGGGUCGCUGGUAGAGACUAUCGGCGUGCUGAGGCUGAAAAGAUCGAGUUAUCCGCGAAGGCCGAGAAAGCUGGCCGUGAACUAGAAUCCCUCCAGUUAGAACUUUCUACGCUUCGGCCGCAAGUGAAGCAACUCGAAGACGAAGUUGCGAAGCUAAACAAGGAGAAAGUUGCUACUAGGGAGGAGAUGGAGCUGAAGGUGCAGCAAUUCAAUAAUGCCCAGGGUCUUCUAAGCUCUAUGCGCGAUCAAACGGCCGAGUUGUCUAUUCAGCUUAAGGAGGCCCAAGGUCAGAUAGAAAGUCUUGAGGAGGAAGUGGCAGAAGUUCAAAAGCACCUCUCCGAGAGGACUCGCGAGGGUGAAACAAUGCGUCGGAUGUUAGCUGACGUCGAUGAACGAGCGGACGCGAAAAUACGAGAUAUGCGUGCUCGGAUGGAAGCUGCCGUCGAGGAGCGUGACCGUAUUGAAGACGAACUAUCUACCCUCGCUCGACGUCGUGCGCGAGAAUCCGAAGAGCUCAAAGCCAAAGUACGCGAAUUCGAACGCGAUAUUCGAACACUGUCCAAUGAGAAAGACGAACUAGAAGCGAGGGAGAGAGAAUGGCGUCGUCGCCGUGAGGAACUGGAGCAGGUGGAAGAGAAAGCGACAGCUGAAGUAGACGAUUUACGUGCGGCGGUUACUAGCUUGCGAUCUGCCUUGGACACAUCAGAACAACAAGUCCGCGAGGCAGAAAAGCAACGCGCCGAUUUGCGCAAACUGCUAGAUGAGGCAAAAGGCCGCUACGAGAAGGCAAACAAGGAGCUUAAAAGUAUUCAGGCCAGGUUCAGCGUUGGCGGCACCGCGACAAACGUGGCGGCGAGCAGUGGAAGGUCCAGCAUUGAUUCCACGCGGAGUGGCACCAACGGCGUCGCCGGUUCUCCAGCCCCGGAUACAAUGUACCUCAAAACUAUUCUACUGCAAUUCCUCGAGGUGAAAGACGAAAAUGUUCGGUCUCAGCUAGUGCCAGUAUUGGGAAAGCUUUUGCGAUUUGAUCGUAAUGAUGAACAGAAGUGGUUAACUGCAGUUCAACACUUGUCUAGACCAGGCAGAUAG